AACCAUAUUAACUUGAGCUCAAGUUCUGAUCUGUUUCCAGAGAUAGAGGAAAAAGAAAAUAAAAUUCCCUUCUGCUAAGACUCCAGGGUUGGUAACAUGAUCCUUGGUCCCUCCGGAGAAGACAGGAGGAGUAUGGGAAGACCUCACCAUACACAGGAAGUCUCUGCUGACUUGAAGUCUGUGCUUGAUUACCUCCGUCACAGUGAUGAAUGCCUUUGCCUGUAUAAUGAAGAUAGAAACUUACUUCGAAUUAGAGAGAAGGAGAGACGCAACCAGGAGGUUCACCAAGAGAAAAAGUCCUUCCCUGUGAAUGCACCUCUCUUUGGAGAGCCCUACAAGACUAGCAAAGGAGAUGAGUUGUCCAGUAGGAUUCAGAAUACAUUGGGUAAUUAUGAAGAAGUCAAGGAGCUGAUCAGUACCAAAAACCAGAAUCUCUUUGGUAUACCUGAAGAAAGUAGCAUCCCUUUAACCCCGCAAGGAAAAUCUAGAUAUUUAUUCUGUCCUGAGAAGACUAAUAGUGUCCCACAGUUACCAUUUUUCAAUAGUGUCCAUCACCAAGUUAUUAAUACUACUGCCUCUGGGCCUUCUAUUUACAUCCCUUCCCACUGUCCAAAAGCAGCUCAGUCAAGAAUGGAACCAGCCUUGAGCUUACACGUCAAAAGUGAUGGUAUGUCCGGCAUUCAGCACCAAGGGAAGUACUACAGUGGUCAGGAACGCCAUCAUAGGAGUCAGAACAAGAAAGAUGAGUGCCAGCCUGAAGGAACCCCUUGUACGGAGCUUUCAGACUCAGCGCUAGAGAUGGGAGGUUCUCUCUUGUCAUCUGCAUUGUCUUCCUCAGUUGCACCAUUGGCAUCUCGACAUUCCAACCAGCCAGCUGGGUCCAGGAUGCUGGGAAGCAGCAAGGGUAGUAGUAAGGGCUGUGCCCAGGCUAACUCUCCCGUGCACCUAGCGCUAGAGUCCAAAGAGGAAGAGACACUGCCCUACGGUUUGGCUCAAGUCACUGGCUUAGGCAUACCAACUUCCCAGCCUCCCCCUCAAACCUUUCCCCCUCCCUCCCUGCCCUCAAAAACCACAGCCAUGCAGCAGAAGCCUACGGCGUAUGUUCGGCCCAUGGAUGGUCAGGAUCAGGCAGCAAGUGAGUCACCUGAGCUGAAACCAUUGCCUGAGGAGGACCAUGGACAUUCCUAUGAGAAAAUGCCAGGUUUUAAAGUGACUGCCAAAGCCAAACUCUCUAAGCUGAAAAUGCCUCCGGAGUCUACGGAGCAGGCCUUCCCAAAUGAAGUACACUGUGUUGAAGAAAUAUUAAAGGAAAUGACCCAUUCAUGGCCUCCACCCUUAACAGCAAUCCAUACACCUAAUACUGCUGAAUCUUCAAAAUUUCCUUUCCCAACAAAGGAGUUUCAGCACAUUGAAUCUGUAUUACAGAACCACAAACAGCAUGGGACAUCUUCAAAAACAUGUUCUAAUUCUCAGCCGGCAACAUCGAUGUUAGAAGAUGACCUUCAGAUCAGUGACAGUGAAGACAGUGGUGAUGAGCAAGUCAGUUUUACAUCCCCCUCUUCAUCUGCUCCUGCAAGUGUUCCGCAGUCCCUUGCAGACAGUGUGGUUUCAGCACAUUCCAGCAAUACAGAAUCAGAGAGCACCAGUGAUUCUGAUACCUCUUCAGACUCAGAGAGUGAAAGCAGCUCCAGUGACAGUGAAGAGAAUGAACCCCCAGAACCUCCGGCGCCUGAGCCUGACCCACCCACAGCAAAUAAAUGGCAGCUGGACAACUGGCUUACCAAAGUUGCUCAACCACCUGUGUCAGCAGAGCACCUCAAUGAAGUGGGGCCCCACCACCAACCCCAGGAAGUCCAGGGACAAGGCAGCAGUAGCACCAGUGGUCAUGAGCAUUCUGUCUCCAAUGAGCCCCACCCCCCUAAUUCCAGUAAAGCCCCCAGGACUAUUCCUGAAGUUCCCCAUCCUGGCAAGAGAAACUACCCAAAGUCUGUCACACAGCAAGGCACUGGUGGACCCCCACAUUGGCAGACAGUUGCUUCAAAACAACCCAAAAAGCCUAUAAAAGCUUCAGUCCAGGAAGAUUUUCAGGAUAACUUGAGGGUUGAAAGUGAGCCAGACCCUCCACAUGGGUCAAAGGACCAGUCUUCCAAAGAUAAGCCCAAAGUCAAAACGAAAGGAAGGCCUCGGUCUUGCGGAGAUAGACAAGAGAAGUCAAAGUCAGUGUCAGCUCCCUGUGAAAAGAAGCAGCACAAAACUUCUCACCCAGUGCCUGUGAAAGCAUCCUUGGACCCUGAACCCACCAAGAACAAUAUGGGUGAUCAGAGACUGGACCGUUUCCCUGACAGUCCCCAGAUUCAGAACCAGGGUGCCACCUAUGGCAGUAGCAGCAGGGGUAGUGGUUGUAAAGCAUCUUUGAUUGUUCAAGAGGAACUUGCUGGGAGUAAGGUCCUCUUGCCUUGCAGAGACACCAAGUCACUCAGGGAUACCCCUCUCCUCCAAAGCCUCGUAGUGAAGAUAGACCUAGCCUUCCUUUCUCAUGUCCCCAAGAUGUCUGGGAAGCCAAAGAAAAUGGAACACAAACCACUCCCAACUGGGAAUAAGCAGGAGUCUGAGAAUAGGAACACAGAGAACUCAAACAGAUCGAGCACAAAGAGAAAGGGAGAAGCAGAAAGAGAUGUUGAUGGCAAGAAAAUAAAACUGGAGAAAGAAACCAAAUUCUGGUCAUCAUCUUCUGCUCACAAAGACUCUAGUAAACCAAGAUUGUUGAAGCCCUCCUCAGACUUGCUGAAGAAGGAGCUACCACCACCACCACCACCACCACCACCACCACCACCACCACCACCGCCACCACCACCAUCUGUGUCUCCUUCCCCCAAACCAGCCAAGAAUGUACAUAAGAAACCAAGGAAUGAAAGCCACUCUUGUGUUCAGGGGCACUCCAAAAGUACUAGCACCACUAAAGAUAGCCAUAAAGAUUCUUCUUCUUCUAAGUAUAAGAAAGUGGAAGGAAAGCCUUCUGGAAACUCUACAAGUAAUAAAGCAUCUCCAGGUGAUCUUUUUCCUGUGCCUUCUUUGCCAAAUGGUAACUCCAAACUCACAAAGCAUCAAGUCAAGUUUGAAAAACAAGUUGCUGAUUUUCACCUGAAGGAAGCCAAAAAGUUGAAGCAUAAGGCAGAGUCAAUGUCAGACAAGGUUGGAAAAGCAUUUAAGUAUUUGGAUGCUGUCCUGUCCUUUAUUGAAUGUGGAAUUGCAUUAGAGUCUGAAAGUCCAACAUCCAAGUCUGUUUACUCCAUGUUUUCAGACACUGUGGAUUUCAUUAAAUUCAUACUAUCAUUAAAAUCCUUUCCAGAUUCCUCAACAUCUACACAGGAGAAAAUUUUCAUUGUUUUAUGCAUGCGUUGUCAGUCCAUUCUUUACAUGGCAAUGUUUCGUUGUAAGAAAGACACUGCAAUAAAGUAUUCUCGGACCCUUAAUGAACAUUUUAAGAGUUCAUUCAGAAUGGCGCAGGCAGCUUCUUCAGGUGCCUCAAGAAAUAUAAGCACACCGUCACCUCUGUCCCCCAUGCCUUCUCCUGCAAGCUCUGGAGUUUUCCAGCCAGGGUCAAGUGGCAUCAGCGCAACUGUCAGCACCCCUGUUGUGAUCCAAAAUAUGACCUCUUCCUACGUCACCAUCACGUCCCAUAUCCUUAAUGCGUAUGAUCUUUGGGAACAGGCUGAUGCACUAGCAAGGAAGAAUACAGAAUUCUUUACAGAGCUCAGUGCAAGCGUCUGUGCCCUGGCCUUGAACAGCAGUCUGGUCGAGCUGGUUCUCUACACCAGACAGGCCUUACAGCAGCUGCGGCAGGUGGCAAAAACACUCUAACCAGCAGCCGGAACGGCUCAAUGCUUUGUCGCACUUUGGAAACUUCAGAAAGAGUGGCCCUCAGCUUCAUUGGGACCCCCAACUCAAGAUGGAAUGAACUACAGCAUGAUAGCAGGGAAUCUGGCCCCACUUCCAAAUCUUGAAACUGUGCCCACAUCCUUUGGGCAGGGCCGUGUGAGUCUGUAAGAGAGAAAAGACGAAGGAGUUGCAGAGUUGGUGAUUUUCUUUCUCAAAAGACAAAAGUGCAAUGUCUAGCCUUAAGCUGGUUGUGUCUCAGUGGUCUGUAAACAUUUCUCUGGCUUUAUAACAAGCAAGAUAAAAAGUAUAAUUUGAAAAUGAGGCUGAGAAGAAGCAAUUCCAGCUUUGAAAGUAGAUACACCUCAUCUCAAAAUCUUCCACAACCCAUUCCUACUAGUGACACGAAGAAUUCUUUCCAUGAUUUUUUUUUUAAACAAUGAUUUUUGGUAUGGUGUUUGGGAUGUUGUAUGUCCCAUUCUUUAUUUUUAAAUUUUAUUUAUUUCUUUAAUUUUGAAGAGGAGAGAGGGGCAUUUGUCCUAACUGCCAUACUUUGAAACAUAAGUUGUGAGGGAUUCUAGGGUUUCACACUGUGUACCCUGUGAAUUAAGGCUUUGAUGAAAUUGAGUAUUUUAGGAGUUCACACAUGUUGAGAUUAGGUCUUCUGUACUGCAAGUUAUCUUCUUCAGCAUUACUGCUUUGGUUUCUCUGUGACUUAGGGAAAGCCAUAGAAAGAGUUAUUCUGAGUCAAGAGCUGUAGAAAAGGAAUAGAAACAAGAGUUUAUGGAGGCAUAUCUUGAUAUCUCCACUGUUUAUCAGAGUAACUGUAUUCUGCAUUUCCUGUCUUAGCGAAAAGGGAACCAGCGAUUAUUUCGGCCAAGCUUGGUAGCUUAUGGGUUUUUGGUAUUUUUUUCAACUAGAGGCAAAAUACGAGGAAUUAAACUGUUAAGAUGCCCAGAAACUCAAAACUCUGUCAAGGAAAAAUGAAAUCUAUUUUUGAAUUAUAGUGGCAUUGUUUUGUUUUGGUCACAAGGUAAUUUUAUUUUAUUUUAUUUUCAAGAUUAGAUCCUAUUGAGCUGUUCUUUCUAGAGGAAAUUAAUUUCAAGUCGCUGGGGAGGCAAAUCCUUUCCUUUUUCUUGUCUGCCCAAGAGGAUAUAAAAGUACUGAAGUGAUGAUUUUUGCUUGUUAACAAAUUUCCCACCAUCUUGGCUCUAUAACUCUUGAGUCAACCAGACUUGAUUACAUUAAUAUAAAAUAAUGCCUUUCCUCCUAAAUUCCUUGCCCUCAUGAUGCACAUUUGUUAAUUUCUAAAACUUUCAAAUGGAAGGACUUGGGCAAAGGCCUCAUAUUGCUGAAGAAACGUGUCUGUUGUUCCAAACUGAUUUUUCCGUGUCCUACUGUGAAUCAGACAACUGAAAUACCACUUUGACUCUAAUGUAUUUAAAAGCCAAUUCUCCUUGUUGUCCUGUUUCUAAUAGAAACAUUUUCCCUCCCAUACUUGCCCUGGACUCAUCCCAUAUAUAUUACAUGAAUAUUUGAAAUUUCCUACUUGAUUUAUUUGAUGUUAAAUUAAUGAGCCCCAAAAUUGCCGACUGAUAGUAGAAACUUCCUGGAUAAUGGGUUGUAUAGGCUGCAGAUGUUAUAAAGAAGAACGGGCAAAUUUUUGUAUGUGAAUAUAAAUCCCUUCAAACUGCCCUUAUUCUGUUCUCAUAUUUUCUUUGGUUAAAAGUUUGUAGAACAGAAAGUCCAGAGGAAAGAACAGAACAGCAUGUCAGACUAUCCCAGCAUCAGUUCUGAGGCCAAGCCAUGAUCCUUUUUAAAAUGUCAUUAAUAUUAAGACUAUUGCUAAAUAAGCAAUGACUGUUUGUCAGGUUGUAGGUUUAUAGCAUUGUACGUAUUCCCCAUCUGGGGGCUCGGGUGAGGAACAGCAGCAUAUCUGGCUGGCCAAAUCGGACCGUUUAGCCAUAUCUGCUCUCUAUCCAGGAAGGAGAGAAGAAAAAUACAGCUUGAGGACGUUCAGUUCUGUUCUUCAUAACAGGUUCCGAUCUGUGCACAUCGGGUCAGGGUGUGUGAGCUUUUGUGAACUAAAGUCCAUUUUAGACUACUUCACAGGUGGUGAAAGAGCUGCUUUCUUCUUCAGUGGCCUUGCACUUUUUGGGGGGCGGGGGGUGUUUUAUGUUGAAAAUUCAGUGGUUUUUUGGAAGGUUGAUCAAUUCGCGUAGUUCUAUGGACGCAGUUGUGAGCAUUGUACGAUUCAGGUUCUUAUUGCAACACACGCUGCACCUAUAAGAGAAUUACUUGUGGAUCCCUUUUUAUGUUAUUAUAUAAAAUGUAGUGGCUGCUGAGUCCUGUUAAUUAAUAUUCACAAAGUCUUUUGCUGUUACAGUUGUAUAUAGGAAUUUAAAGGAUAUUUUAAAAAUCAGAUGCACUUUUUUCAUUGUAUGCUUCAAAUCCCGAAGGCAAAAUUUAUACUUAAGCAGACAAUUAAAAUACUAGUUUAUACAAGUAAACCUUUCAAUUAUGUGAAAUUCUCAUACACGUAAGAAGCAAGCAGUACACACUUGACGGUGAGAUAGACUUAUUUAAGAGUUUUCCAAGAGAAAAAAGAAACAACAGUAUAAAAUCUUUCCUUUGGUACUAUAGUUUUGCUGGGAUGUCUUUAUUUUUUGUUUUCCUUUCUGUAGGAAGAGGAGGAAUAUUUUACUUAGAAAAGGAGCCUUCAAUUCUUCUGCCCUUCUGGAGAUAAUUUAAAAUGUGAAUGAGUUUGAUAUUUUAACAAUGAUUUAUUUAACAAUAAAACCCACUUUAUAAAGCAUAUACCCAGUUCUACUGAGAAGAUGAUAAUCUGAGGUGGAAAGAGAGAGAGAGAGAGAGAGAGAGAGAGAGAGAGAGAGAGAGAGAGAGAGAGAGAGUGUGUGUGUGUGUGUGUGUGUGUGUGUGUGGUGUGUGUGUGUGUGUGUGUGUGUGUGUAUUAGAAGUAGGCAGGAGAGAGGGCACACAGCAAAGGGAACUGAGUAAUUAGCAUUCAGAUACCUUUUAGCAAUCACUGGCUUGUUUGUUUGCCUUUUUCCCUUAACAGUCAACCUGAAAAUGUCUGAUUUUAGGAGAAGGACUUUAAUUUUACCUAUCUUUGGAAUCUCCAAUAUGUAAUCAGUUUUUCUCAUAGACAUGGGAAUGCUAUCUUAACAUCACUCAUCCAGAUCCUCUAGGGCAAAAAUGUCAAACUCACAGCUUGAACUUGAUUAAAAUGUAAUUGAGAAGUUUACCAAAAAUAAAGAAAAAUUUAAUUCAACAUAGAUAAUCUUCAUUUGUGAUUUUCUGGGUCAGUAGGUGACCAGCAGGGAUGUUUCUCUGAGUUUGACAUCACUGCUCUAGGGUAUUUAGCAAUUGUAUAUAGAUUUCCUGUUCACCAAUAGGGGUUUAGUAUUAUGAUUAAAUAUAAACUUUUAAAAGAAUGAAUCAGAUUAUUUCUCUUUUCCCCACCCCUAAAGAGUGAAGAAAGGUUAUAUCUUUGACAGCUAAGGCUAUGUAUCAGGGAAAAAGUGGGUCCAAUGAAAUUGGCCUGAUUAUUAUAAUGAAGGGUUUUUCUGAUAAGGGUUUGUUUUUGUUUCUGUGUUUGUCUUUUUCUUUCUGAUAAUUUUCCCCACUCAGUGGACAUAUUUAUUGAGCCUUUAUUGACCAAACUUAAUUUUAAAAUAGUAUAUUAUUUAUUUAGAGUUUGUUUGUUUUGGACCUUUCUCUCCCGUAAGUCCCAUAUUUCUGUAGCUCUAGGUGAUGAUAAAUGUGAUGAGUUGAAAUCUUAGGUUAAGGAGAAUAAGUAUAAAGCUUAAUGUUGUGUUUUCACUUUUUCCCCUUUCUCCUCCUCACUGUUCCUUGUUCUAGACACUACACGGCCCCAUUGGCAAAGCUUGCCUUAUUAUCUGUCAUACUUCCACUUCAGAUUAGCAAUACUUAGAGCUUGCAAAAAUGGGUGUUUCCUUUUUUUUAAAUCAUUAAUUUUCUCAUUGGGAAAUAAAAUCAUCUGAAAAUAAUUAUACUGUAAUUUAGAUUGUGGUAGAAGGCUCUUUCUCAGUGGAAGUCCUUUUUCCUGCAAGUAAUUUCCCCCCCCCUUCUCUUUAAUGUACUACCUCCUUAAGUAGAGGGUUCCUCCUCGAUCCCAACUGUGUGUUUUAAUUUGUUUUUUGGAGGGGUGAGGUGGGUGGAAUGGGACUGGGAGAUUCAGUGGUUCAUCUCCAAAAGCUUCACCAAGGUAUUUUGGGUCACCAAGCCAUAAACACAUAGCUCAGUGUUGGGAGUACUUUCUCUUUGGUUUAUUUAUCCAUUAAUUUUGUACACUGGCAAUAUCUUUAGUUCUUUAUAACUAAAUGACAGACACUGCCUAUCACUUUUCUAAAAAUGUAUUCUUGCAAUAUUGGUGGUUUCUGUAUUCUCUUUGAUCUCCAUAGGGAACUCUCACCCCAUCAUGAGCUGUCAACAGGAAAUUAAUUAUAUUGAGAAAUGUCUAUACAAGGAAGUAAGAUUGCAAACAACUAAUAAUUAAGCCACAUUCAUUAGACCCAGGCCUUUUAUUAUGAGGCCAAGAUGGUGGCUGACCUAAAGAAGUGAAAUUUAUUUUGCUUAAAAGUUAGCUUUUAAGUGAUUAACACAGGCAGUAUUAACUUUGCCAAUUGUCCAGGCCAUCAAGAUGUAUUAAUUAAAAAAAAAAUUACUGCACAUCCCCCUCAAAUUAAGUACCUAUUAUCCAUAUUUUUUUAUCUUUAUUUUUUAGAAUUUUUGAAUGUGAUCAUAUUUUGGGUAUUUUGAAGCAAGUUUGCCUUUUUAUUUAUUAUCAUUACAUCAUAUAUGUUUUUGCGCCUUUUUUGGUAACCUUAGCAAUAAAUCAAAUCUUGGUAUUAUAAUCUGAAGAGGUUUAUUUUUAAAUAAAUAAAUUUCCAUUUGAUGAAUGGGGAAUCACUGGUCUCUCUUGAAAUAAUAUAAAUUUUCAUUUCAUCUUUAUUGUCAAAUAAAGUGUCAGCAACCUGUUCAGCAGUACUGAUUUUGUAUGUAGACUUUGUAUUUAUGUAGUGAUUUCAAGGGGAAGUUGUGCAAAAAAAAAAUGAU